GUUUUCAAGCCAAUAGUUGAAAAGUUCAAUUUCACAUUUAAUUGUGACAUAAAGAAAAGGGGCUACUACCCUCAGGGAGGUGGUGAAGUUGUAGUCCACAUGUCACCAGUCAAAGAGCUGAGCCCAAUAAACUUAACAGAACGUGGCACAGUGACGAAGAUUUAUGGAAGAGCAUUUGUUGCUGGAGCGCUGCCUAUAAAACUGGCAAAAGACAUGGCAGCAGCAGCAGUGAGGUGCAUCAGGAAAGAAAUCAGAGAUCUUUACAUUAACAUUCAGCCUGUUCGAGAGCCUGAUGAUCAGGCCUUUGGGACUGGAAGUGGAAUAAUUGUUGUUGCAGAGACGUCAACAGGUUGUUUGUUAGCUGGGUCAUCGCUUGGCAAGAGAGGAAAGAAUUCUGACAAGGUUGGCAUUGAAGCAGCGGAGAUACUGCUAAGGAAUCUUAAACAUGGUGGAACUGUGGAUGAUUCUCUGCAAGACCAACUGAUUAUUUUUAUGGCACUAGCAAAGGGGGUGUCUCGAGUGAAAAGUGGACCAAUAACACUUCAUACUCAAACAGCUAUACACUUUGCAGAGCAGCUAACAAAGGCCAAAUUUACUGUGACAAAAGCCGAAGAGGAAGAUCCCAGUAAAGAUGCCUACAUCAUUGAGUGCCAAGGAAUGGGGAUGGUAAACCCAAACUUACAGAGUUAGAAAAACAAAAAGGCAGCAAGCUGACAAAAACAAAACUCAACAUACCUCAGUGAUGUAUUGCACUACAUUUCAAUGGGUGUAUGAUGUGCAUGUGAACAGGAGGAGCCUUCUGUCACAUC